AAAAUAUUUCCUAACGUUUCAUAAAGAAAUCGACAUCCUCGCCUUAGUUCAAUGCACUUCGCCUUUUUUGAAUCGUAAUCAUUUAAAAAGGGGCGUCUCGAUUUUAAGAUCGGGCGAAGAAUGUAGUUUUGCAGUCACAAAGAAUACCAAAUUGCAUUGGGGGAGAACUUCGAAUGGGAUAUUUCCGGUUAAUUUUGACCCAAAAUCGCGUCCGAGACGUCAAGACAUUAAGAAUCAAUUUACGGAGAAUGGAAUGUUUUAUAUUUCGACGAGAAAGUUAUUAAAUUCGGGAUAUUUUCAAAAUCGGAGAUGCGUUCUCGUAGAAAUCCCGAGGGAACUCAGCAUCGAAAUCGACUCAGUAUGGGAUUUAAAAGUUGCCAAUAAACUACAAGAAUUAUUUUUGAACGAGAAUGACAACGGAUUUUAGCGCAGGUUCUAUUCCGAGCGUUUACCGAGAACUCUAUGAUACAUGCUCACACGACGGUGAAAUAAUACAUAAAGAUGUGUAUAAAAAACUGUUAGCUCAAUCAAAACUGGACGUGGAAGUUUUAAAAACAAUUUACGAUUUAAUCGUGACUGAAAAUGAUGUAAUUACAAGAACUGGUUUUUAUAAAACGUUAGCGUUAAUUUCUUGGGGUCAACAAGGCAAAAAUCCCAGCAAUAAAUUGUUUGAAACCUUCGAUGGGACAGUUUACCCAAUUCCCAAUUUAGGAGAUUUGAGUUCGUUGAAAAGCUUAAAAAUUUAUUAUAACCUACAAAAAAACCCGUCGAAAUUAAAUUUAACCUAUUUAGAUAUAACCCAAUUAGAGACAAUCAACAUCGAAUUAGUUCCAGAGAAAAAAGGAAUAUUUUUAAAACAUUCCGAGUAUAUAGUCAGUUCCCAAAAGAGAGGUGUUAAAGUUACGAGGCGUUACAACGAUUUUGUCGCGUUGUAUGAGUUAUUAUUAAGUAGAUUUCCUUAUAGAAUUAUCCCCCGUUUACCUCCAAAGAAAAUAGUUUCCGAUUCGCAUUUCUUAGAAUCUCGCCGUCGUGGUCUUAAUCGGUGGUUAACACUUAUUUGUAGACACCCAACGAUUUCUAAUGAUGGCUUAUUAAUAUUCUUUUUAACCGAUCAAGGAAACGAUGUUCAAUAUCGGAUUAGAGACAUAUUUAGAAGAGCUCCAGAUGAGUUUAUGACGUCAGAUUACGCAGCAAAUUCAAAAGAAUUGGUGCCGAAAGAUAACACAGAAUUCGCAUCGAACCGAGAACAAGUUAAAACUUUAGUGAAUAUAAUUUCAAAAAUCAAAAACAUCGCCGAUUCGAACGUCGAGCGAUUCCACAAUUACUCAAAAGAUAACGACGUUUUAUCGACCCAAUUAAAAUGUUUAGGGGCUGUUAAUUUGGGACAAUCAGGAUCGAAUUGGUCGCAAAUGCAAAGGGGAUUCACCGCAAUCUCAAAGGAUUUGACAUCUUUAUCAUCAAAAGCCGAGCAACAAGCCAAUAUUGAACAAAUGACCGUUUGCGAACGUUUAGAUCUACUUUUAGACGUGUUAAUCGGCCAUAAAGAUCUUUGCGAGCGCUUAGAAAAAGGAUUAGCCAACGAUCAUCAAACGGCUUUGGCCAAAAUGCUUUCGUUGAAGAAGCGAAAAAUUCAAGGAGUUAUUAAAGGAGUCGAUGCUGAAAGCGUUGAGCAACUUGAAACGAAGAUGUUGGCCCAAGAAAAUGUAAUAACCAACAUGGAGUUACGUUCUGAUUUUAGUUUGUACUGCGUGCACAUGGAAACUCAGUUAGUUCACGCUUAUUUGGAGACUUUAUCCUCGAUUUUGAGUAGUUUAAUUAAUCUGAGGAUAAGAUCCCACACGGAAUUGGCGAAUAUUUGGAAGCAAGUUGUGGAGAAUUUUUUACCAAAAAAAAAUGGAUCAUAACGAUAAAUAUAAAUAAAAAUAAAUAUGAUAAAUG